CCUUUUGGCGGGAAAAAGUAAGAGGUGAAGAACUAGGGUUCUAAUUUCUAAAUCAGGGGACAACAGAAACAUCACAAAUUGGCGAGGGUUGGAAAAAAAAUUGGAAACAUGGAGAGGCGAAGGAGAAUCGCCGCAGACGGUAGGAAUCGGGGAAUGGAAGAGAACACGUUGGCCAUUCUCGACACCUCCGGCUUCAACAAUUCGAAAUUCUCUCCCCACCUGAACGACGAUCGGCUUGCUUUUCUGGAAGCUGUUCGAACCGCUUCUCUUCUUCCAGAUAAUGGAAGCGCACCCACAGGAAAAAUGUUUGAGGCCAUAUUUCAUAUUCUAAAGGAUGUGGAUUCGCUUGAUUUAAUGAUGGAAAGUUACCAGCUUCUCAUUGAAUUGGAUAAGUGCUUUCCUCGAGUAUACCUAUCCAAAGGGGAGUGUUUAGAUUCAUCUUUACCUUCAGAAGUUCUCUACGAAUUAAUUAUUGUUGAAGAGGUGAUUCAGCUUUCUCCGAGUAAAUGUUUGAAAUUAAGGUUAUCAUCUGAAUAAUGUUUGAAAUGUGCUGCUGCAUUUUAGGCUUGGAUACCUUUUAAUUUCCGGUUGGAUGGUUACAAUGAGAAGAGGGAAGCUGCAAAUCAUUCAAGUAUUUCGGUGGAUGCAUUGGGUUUCCAUGCUCUUAUACAAGAUAUUGACAGAAUGGCUAAGGAAAUGAAGUCCGAAGAAGUGAAAGCUUCGGUAGAGACAAACUUCCUGAAAAACAUGUUACUACUUCAGUAUCUCAUCACUGUUCUUGAAGGAGAUUUUUUGCCUCGUAAUUGCACUUAUCAAGAAACUAUGAACUGGACCAUUUUGAGGGAGUCACAGCUAAACUUGCUUCUGGGAUCAAGAAAAAUAAUUUACAAAGGGUUAAUGAAGGACUGUUUAUCAAUCAUGUGUGAUAUGUCUCAAUUGAGUGUAUUUUCUGAAGAAGAUGGUUCUACAGGGGAGUUACUGCAUGGAAUUACUAGUGUUACGACAUUAGCUUUACCUGAAAUGAAAAAGUCUACUUGCAAUCUCCUGAAAAAACUUCUCUUGAUGAUCAUGGAGCUAGAUUCGUCACGGCGAGUGGCUGAUCAGCAAGGUCAUACAACUAGAGCUGAUGGUGUAAGGACCCCAGCAAUGGAGAUCAUUUUGGAUGAACUUAUGUACAACAAUGAUAUCCUACCUUCUUUUCUUCAGGUCUUUGAUCCAAGAUGGAAGCUUGAAAUUAUCGUACAAUAUUUCCAGAAAUACAUUCCUAAGUAUUCUGUUCAAACUAGGAGAUCAAGUGGUGCAGUCAAAACCGAGAAUUUUGAUGGAGUUUUGAAGUGCUUGUCCAACAGCAACAUCACUAAAAGUAUCGUUAAAAAGAUUAGUUCAGAGGUAGUUCAAUUGCUCUUGGCCUAUGCUUUCCAGGCAUAUUUGGCGCUGUUCUAUCAACACGUCUCUGGAGGAGUUUCCGUUACGGUUGAACAUGUCAAAAGCAACUCUCUACAUGAAAUUUGCAAAAACUUAGUAUCUGCUUUUACCUCUCUCAGAAAAGAAGAUCCGGACACUGAGAUGUUGUGCUGCAGCAAGGAAGCAUUGUUUACAGCUGCUGCCAUUCUCUCAGCAAAAAUGUAGUGACUUCAAUUGUAGUUAAGAUUUGCCCAUUAGAAUUCUGACAAUGGUAAGCAGAACCUGGUGUAGUUGAGUGUAGAUAUUCUAUGGUGUACAGGUAACAUAUCUCAAGAAUCUACAUGUGAGUAUCUCUGUCUCUUUUGUCACUAAAACCAAACAAAUAUCAUCAUUGAUAACUCAACGUAAGUUAUUCUGCUCA